GAAUGCUUUAGCUAUAAUAGUUCUUACCUAGCUAGUUUCCAGAAAUUACCAGAAAUCAGGAGUCCAUGCAAUUUCAAGGGACUAAAACGCAAACGAACACAAAGCAGCAAAAAUUGACUAAGAAGAGUGACAAUCUAUAGCAAUUUAUUAAUUUCUGGUGAUAGAAAGUGGUGCAACAUGAACCAACCUGGAUCUUCAUUGCAGAUGGAUCAAGUACCUUCAUCUAUCCCAGUUCAAACAGAAACUGGCUUAAGAUUGAGUGCUUUAAAUCCAAAAUACCUGCACACAAAUUCAACAAGUCACACUUGGCCAUUUAGUGCCAUUGCAGAGUUAGUUGACAAUGCGUAUGACCCAGAUGUUAAAGCCAGUCAAUUGUACAUUGAUCUUAAGUGGUAUGGUAGAUUACUAGCUAUGACUUUUACUGACAAUGGAAAUGGAAUGACGCCAGAUAAAUUGUAUAAAAUGUUAAGUUUUGGAUUUUGUGAAAAAGUUACUGUUAAAGGUCACAUGCCUGUUGGGCACUAUGGUAAUGGAUUCAAGUCUGGAUCAAUGAGACUAGGAAAAGAUGCAUUGGUGUUCACAGUCAGUGAUAGAACAAGAAGUUUAGGGUAUUUAUCGCAAACCUAUCUUCGACAAGUUAAUGCUGACACAAUUAUUGUUCCUAUAGUAACAUGGGAUAAAAUCAGCUCAGAGAUUUUAGAUGAAAAUGAGAAAAAGAAAUCCCUACCUGUUAUCUUGAGAUAUUCUGUCCUCAAGACAAUCCGAGAAAUUGAAGAAGAAUUUUCCUAUAUAGAAAAGACUGGAACUAGGAUUAUUAUCACCAAUUUAAGAUCUACGGAAGACAAAACAAGUGAAUUUGAUUUUAAGACGGAUAAAACAGACAUUCGCAUCCCUGAUGAUAUAAUUGAUUCCGCUGGUAGUAAAUAUAAACGAGAGGAAAGACAAAAUCAUAUUCCUGCAUCAGAUUAUUCUCUUAGGGCAUACUUGUCCAUUCUUUAUUUGAAGCCCAGAAUGCAAAUAUUUCUUCGCAACGAAAAAGUCAAAACUGUGGUUAUUAGAAAAAGCCUUAGCAAAACAGAAGUUGAUCUUUACAAACCAAUAAAGUAUAAACAAAUAAAAAUUGUUUUUGGAUUCAGUCAGAAUAUCAACCAUUAUGGCAUUAUGAUGUAUCAUCGAAAUCGCCUAAUAAAGCCAUAUGUACGAGUUGGUUGUCAAUUAAAACCAAACGACAAUGGCGUUGGCGUGAUUGGUGUAAUUGAAUGCGACUCUUUACAACCAACACACAAUAAACAAGAUUUUGAUUACACACCAUUAUAUCGAUCAACAAUGGCAGCUUUGGGACAUAAACUCAAUGAUUAUUGGAAUGAAAAAUGUGGUUACAUAAACAAUACAAGUGAUGGUAUGAACAUAACAAAGCCUGAUGAACUUUGGGCCCAAUGUGAUGAAUCCAAUUGCUUAAAAUGGCGCAGACUUCCUGAUUAUAUCAAGAAGGAGGACUUGCCAGAAAAAUGGUAUUGUCAUAUGCACCCUGAUCCAGCAUGGAAAUCCUGUGAAAUCCCUGAAGAAGAGGAAGAACCUGUAGAUAAUGUGAGACCAUAUGAAAAGAAAUUGAAAAGAAUAGAAAAAGAAAUGCGUCAGAAAGAAGCUGGGAAAAUACAACAAAAUAACUUCGACAUUGAUCUGGAAAGACGCCGGCGUGAAAAAGCAGAAUAUGAAAAACAGCAAAAACAAGACGAAGUAACAAGACUAAAACGAGAAGUAGAACACUUGAAAGGGACUUUUCACAUGGGCAAAGCAAGCAGUAGUAGUCUACAAACUGGUAUCUGUCUGCCUCCCAACAAACACAACCAUCAGAUCCAACCAAGCUAUACCACACCUUUAAAAAAUACUGAAUCACAGAACUUAACAGCAAAUUCAAGUGCAAAUAAUCACCAACAAGUUACUACUACUGAAAUUAAACAAGAGAAUGGGCCCAAUGUUCAUGCAAGAUUAAUUUCAAGAAGUCCUGAAUUAGCAUCUUCUUCUGACAAUACAAGAGGGACAAGGAAGAGACCAAUUACUUUAGAUUCUGAUGAUGACGAUGAUGAUAAGAAUGAACAGGAGACUGGUAGCAAAGUUGUAAAAUUAGAAAAUGGUGAAAAUGAAAAUAGUUUUUCUCUUCCUGAAACAUCAACUUUUCAUAUAACUAGUACCCAAAAUGCAGCUGCGUUAAAUGAAAAUACAGUGCUAAACAAUACUAGUACAGUUUGUUCAAACAGUAUGAAUAUUUCUUCAUCUAUUAAAGAUCGUGUUUUUAAAAUAUCAACGCAACAACUAAAAGACAUCGAUCCUGACAUUAUAGAAGAUUUGAAAAAACAAUCUGUUUCUACACUUGGUUUAACAUUAGCAAAACGAAGUCAAGCGUUAAGGAACUUAAAAAAGAAAGUUUUAAAACUUAUUAAAUCAUUAGUUGCAGAUGAUUUAACUUUACCUGACACAUCAGCCCAAGAUAUUGAUGAUGGAAGCAUAGAAGAGUUAUUAAAUACCGUGAUUGACAUAAAUGUUGUUGAAGAGGAGGCUGAUGAUGAAAACUGACAACUUUAGUUUUGUUUGGUCAUCAUUUUUAUAAAUCAGACUCAACAUAGCCUUUUUAAACAGGCACAUUGGCAUUAUUUUUCAGUCCUUUAAUGUAAAAUUCUUAAACAGAAAAAUGUGUUUUUAAAGUUUGAAAUAAAAAUGUGAGCUGAAUUUUUACAAAAGUUUUGCAUCGAAGCAAUUUAAAAAAUCUUUUUAUUAGCUCUUUUGUGGACUGGUCAGUUACGGUUGGAAUGCACUUAGACUUAGAAUAAACAAUGUGGAAAGUAUUUGCAUAAAAACUGAUAUAUAAUUUUUUCAAAGCUGUAGUAUUAACUGUGGUUAUCAGGUGAGUGUACAUAAUUACAAAAAACUUUUGUACAUAUAUAUUAAAAUAUUUAUAUAUACUGUAGCUUUUUAGGUUGCUGUUAUCAGUUUAUCAAUAUUUCGAGUGAAGUUGUAUCUGUUUUUCUUACCCUUAAAUAAGUUAUAUUACCCUUAAAUAAGUUAUAUUUUCCAAAAGGCUAUUGUUUUAUUGAAUAGAAAUAAUUCCUGAAAAAAUCUCUUUUGCUCCAUCUUAUAAUAAACUAUCAGUAGCUUUUCACGAUGUUAAAUAGUGGCUUAAAAGGAUAUAUAUUCAUACAUCUUUCACUGUGUCUUUCACUGUGCUUAAAAUUUAAACUGAUUAUUUUAUACAAAUGUUUUAUGACGAUUUUAACUUAUGCAAUAGAAAUGAAAACAAAUAUUGUGGUAUUUUGGGUGAAAAUGUUGAACUAUAAAUUGAUAUUGAACAAAAAACAACAACAAAACAUAUAAUUAUGUUUUGUUGUUGCUUUGUCAGAUUUUCUGACUACAAAAAAUCCUUGAGUUGUACGAGUUGGUUAUCUAAUUCACAUGUUUUGAUACGUUUACUACGUUCUAUAACUUAAUAUCUUAAUUGUCUUCGUGGCGAAAGUUAAUAUUUCACCCAAGCGAUACUAAUAAAUUUGAAACUUGAUAAAAGAGGUUGUGUUAAAUAACAUCGGAAGCUGUGCAAAACGAACUUAAAAUUUAGCAUAAAUAGUUCAGCCUUCUUAGUUUCUUUUUAAAGAGCACUAAGUUAUUCAGUAAUAUUUUUUAAUGGGGGCACUAGGUGGAUUUUUGACUUAAAAUCAUUUUGUUUAAAAAAAAACAUUUAUAAAUAAUGAACCAAAUGAGAUUCUCUCUUUUAUUACAGUGUCAGGGUAACUGAAUUUCAAAUAAUAAUAAGAAUCAUUAUAUGAUAGUUUUUAUUAUACUCUUGACCUUAUUGUGUGUUUGCACAUUUUUAGUGAAGUUUGAUGCAAAAUUCUCUGACUGGAUUUUGCUGACACAUUGUAAAUAACUCUUGCUGAUUUUUUUAUUUGUUAUUUUAUUAAAAUGCAUUGAAAUAAGAAUUUAAUUCUCA